AUAUUUGUAAACAUUAUUACUUAUAUUUAGCUGCUUAAAGCCCUCAUCAUAUAUAAACGGAUUAUUUGGUUUCAAUUUUAUAAUUCAGCUUAAAACAGACAAAUUAUUAAUUAUAGAUAAAAAUGCACUUUUCAUUGGAAUUUUCGUGUGUCUCCCAGAUACUACAAUAAAACAAACGAAUACAAGGUUGUCAUCAUUUACCACACAGCAACAGCUAGAAAGAACAACGAACAACAACUGUAACCCAGUACAACAAACGUUCAAAUAGAAAAUUGUGUGUGUAUUUUACGAAAGAGAUAUAAGAAAUUUUAUAAAUGUAUAAAAUUUAUAUUAUCAGAUUUUAAUUGAAAACGUGCUUAAUUUUUUGAAAAGCAAACUCAUAAUACAACUACUACUCUCCGAUAGCAAAACAACAAGAAAACAUUUAGAAAAAACCAUCAUGACAGUUAAACUGGCCAAACUGUUUGGUAGUUCAACGAGCAACAAUUCAUCAUCACAAGUGCCACCACCUUUGCCGCCACCAAAUCCAUCGCCCGUCUACAAUUAUUAUAAUCAUCCACAGUUGCAGCAGAAAUUGCAAAAACCUUAUAAUCCUUAUAUGGAUGAUGAUGACGAUGAUAAUAUGUCUUUGUAUUCAACAACAGCCUCGAUUAUGACAUCACGCGAUCAUCCAUUCAACAAUUCCCAGCGUCCUUUGUUGGCCGAUAGGAAACCACAAUUGUUGUUGACACAAAAUAACAACAACAAUAAUAAAAAGAAAAAUUCAACCGCAAAUCAACAGAAUUCUCAGACUUCCUAUCAGCAACAGCAAUUGCUAAAGCAACAACAACAUCAUCACCAACUACAGCAGCAGCAACAACUUCAGUUACAGCAGGAAAAAUCUUAUAUAUCACCCUAUGUGCAACAACAAAAACGUGAUAGUGCUAAAGGUUUGCAUGGCUUCAAUGAUUUCGAUAUUCUAUCCCAGCAGUACAAUCAACACUUACAAUCUCCCCACAUUGGUUAUCCCUAUGGCAGUCCACCAUCACCUACUCGCACUUCUUCAACACACACAAUUCCAGCAACUGCAGCAGCAUCAUCAUCAUCCACAUCAGCCUUGCAAAAUAUUGCCAACAAUACAACAACAGAUUUUGUGUUUGAUUCCUUGGCAACGACAUACGGCAAUAAUAAUAAACAACAGCAGCAGCAACCAUUUGCUAGCAUUUCAACUGCCUUAACCUCUACACCACGUUAUGGUAAUAUCAACAAUUAUGGUUCUACAACUAGUGCCAAUGCCGCUAACAACGCCUCCUCAUCUUCCUCCUUCUCCAUCGCCAACUCUAACUCACGACCAUGUUAUGAUGUUAAUGAUGCUGAUUAUUACACAGCUAGACCUUCAACGGAUGCCAUGUUGGGUAAAUCAUCUCGUUUUGAAGAUGAUUUUUGUAGUCGCCGUAAUAUAGACUUUUCCAAGAAUACUCAUCUAGAUGGUGUCAGUGAACAUCAUGAACAACAGCAGCAGCAGCAGCAACAACAGCCACCUCAACUACAAAGUGGUCCUUUUAUUUUUGGCAUACCACCAGAACAACAAACUGACUUUACACGUAUGCCCCAUGGUGGCCGCUCAUUUGGUGAUAUUUCCGAGGAUUCGGGCAUUACCAAAGACGAUGAUAAAUACUCAGCCAAGAGAAUGCAACAAUCUACUAGCGAUACAAGCUCAACUUCACGCGAUGAUAGUACAACAACCACGAAUACCAGUAAUGAUGGCACAAGUCGCAGCAGUCGUAAAGGUGCUGCAAUGUUUUUAUUAAGAAAACGUAAUACAAAAAACUCUUCAACUAACGAAUCUAAAUCGUUGAAAUCUCAGGACAAAGCUUGUGUCAAAUGUGUGGUGGUGGGUGAUUGUGCUGUGGGGAAAACAAAUUUAAUACUCUCGUAUCUUGAGAAUCGUUUUAAUACCGAACAUGUGCCAACAGCAUCAGAUAUUUAUAAUGCUGAUGUUAUGGUCAACGAUAGUCCAGUACAUUUAACACUCUGUGAUACAGCCGGCCAGGAUACAUUGGAUCCGUUACGUGAGCUUUGCUACCCAGAUAGUGAUGUGUUUCUGUUGUGUUUUUCGGUAGCAAAACCAGAAACAUUCCAUGCCAUCAAAACCAAAUGGGCACCAAGAUUUUCCAAGACAAGAGCAUCAUUGAUAUUGGUUGGUACACAAGCUGAUUUGCGCACAAAUUCGAAUGUACUGAAUAAAUUGCAGUCUAAUGGCGAACAACCAAUUUCAUAUGCGGAUGCUUGGGAUUUAGCAACAACAAUUGGCGCAAAAUACAUUGAAACUUCAUCAGCAACACAGGAUAAAGUUAAAGAUGUCUUUGAUACCGCCAUUUGGGAAGGCUUAGCUCCAACUACCUUGCCUGAUACACCUACACCAUUUUGGAAGAAACUCUUCUGUUUAGCCUAAAAACCACAAACACAAAUUAUUAUUCCAAUCCAGCGACAACAUCUCAUGUAAAGAAAAUCUUAAUAAUUUUUAUUAUAGACUGAUUAAUGUUAUGCAAAACAAAGAAAUUUAUAAAAUUGUAUUAAUAUUAACAAACAUAUUUUUACUUAUUUCCGUUUAAUUGUUCACUUUUUAGCACUUUCAAAUUACCAUUUCGUUUCGUUAUUAAGUUUGCAAAAUUUUUUUCUCAUUAAAUAUUUUUUUCGAUAAUGUUAAGUUUUUGUCAAAUUAAUUUUAUCAUAUAAUAAAAAUAGUUAUAGUCUUUAUUACUUAAUUACAUAUGUAAGUUACUUGUUUUUCAUCACAACUUAACAAACAAAUUUAAAAAAAAAAUAUUAUAUUUCUCAAUAAUUAAUUAAUCUUACAAUAAAUACAUAGCAGAUUGUUAUCUUAGUAUUUUUUUUCCUAGUUUUAAGUUACUCGUAUGUAAAUAUGCUACAACACUUUAUUACAGUGUUUACAAUAAAUUGAUAACAAGAAAAUUAUAAGAAUAAUUUUAAAAUUGUUCAUUCCAUCCAUACGAAAAUUUUGUUAAUUAUUAAGUUUUAUGAUUGAAUAAACAAAAAUUUUAUAAAUAA